AUGUUGCAGGCCAUCAAGUACCACGAGGGUCGUCUCGAGAUCCUAGAUCAAUUACAACUUCCAUUCGUCGAGAAAUACAUCCCAAUCCAAACUGCCGAGGAUGGGUGGCAUGCUAUCAAAGAAAUGAAAGUCCGAGGCGCACCAGCUAUUGCUAUUGUGGCCAUGCUCGCCCUUUCCGCUGAACUGUCGACGUUUAGCGCAGCAGAUCAGAUCCCCCAGGCAGCGAAGGAGACUCACGAGUUUAUCGCAAAGAAACUUGACUAUCUUGUCACGAGUCGGCCAACGGCGGUCAAUCUCAGUGAUGCGGUUCGCAAGCUGAGGAGCCUAGUGACCGAUCGCGCAAGUCAGUCUGGGUCUACCGGUCACGACGUUGCCGCCGCUUUCAUGCAGGCUGCGGAGGAUAUGUUGGGAAAAGACCUUGAGGACAAUCAAAAGAUUGGGAACAACGGGGCCGAGUGGAUUCUCGCCCAUGCAGCGAAAUCAGAAGACUCCCAAGUCACUGUUUUGACCCAUUGCAAUACUGGCUCCCUCGCUACUUCAGGUUAUGGCACAGCACUAGGCGUGGUCCGCUCACUAGCAACGAAACACAUCUUACGCCACGCUUAUUGCACGGAGACGAGACCAUAUAACCAAGGCUCCCGCCUUACAGCCUUCGAACUCGUCCACGACAGUAUCCCCGCUACACUGAUUACGGAUUCGAUGGCCGCGGCACUUCUUGCAGAUUCCAGGGCGGGCGUCAAUGCUAUCGUUGUGGGUGCAGACAGGGUUGCAGCCAACGGAGACACGGCCAACAAAAUAGGAACCUAUGGCUUAGCGGUCUUGGCGAAGCAUCACGGUGUCAAAUUCCUUGUUGCAGCGCCGCUCACAACGAUUGACCUGGCCACCAAAGCCGGGGAAGAUAUCAUCAUCGAGGAGCGUCCGGCAACCGAAGUGACUAGCAUCAAAGGUCCCCGCGAAGGGACUGGCACUGACAGCUUGACGUUGGACACCGUGCGAAUUGCUGCGCCAGGGAUCAAUGUUUGGAACCCGGCAUUCGACAUCACUCCGUCUACUCUAAUAGAUGGGAUCAUCACGGAGGUGGGCGUGCUCGAGAAAGGAGACGAUGGCCAGUAUCAUAUGGGUGGUUUGUUCGAUAACCAAGCUCAUUAA